AUGUUGACCAAUAAUAAUAUGGAUUCUGCAAAAGGAGCAUGUAAUAUAGCAGGAAGAGUUAUUGAUAUAGUAGCUCCAUAUAUUCCAUUAUUCGAUAUCGCAACAAAAUUGAUUAAAGAAAUUAUUGAUAUUCAUGAUGCAGCGCAAUAUAAUAAACAUAUAUGUGCCAGGUUAAUGGAUCGUGUGAUUGAUGCUCAGGGAGCGAUUGAAAAAUUGAAAAGAACAAAGAAAAUUAAUGAAGAAAAAUUUAAAGAUGAAAGGUUUUAUAAAACCUUUCAAAGAUUUACGAAUAUUUUGGAUGAUAUUAAGGAAUUCGAGAUAAAAUUAUCCAAAAUGGGGAGUUUUAAAAAGAAUAUUGAAGCAAAUUUAAUUAGAGAUAAGUUUAUAAACCUGACAAAAGAAUUUGAUUCAACAAUGAAUGAUUUAAGCUUCAGUCUAAUGAUUGAAAAUGAAGAAAAGAGAAGGAAAGAUGCUGAGAGUUUAAAAGAAGAUUUUGAAGAAAUGGAAAAGAUUCUUCUUUACACUAAAGAUGUUUUCAUUGAACGAACCAAAGAAGUUAAUCAAGAAAUUCGAGCCAUAAAAUCGGUACUCGAUGAUAAACUAGAAAAAAUUGCAGAUAGACUUGACGACAGCAAAAUAUAUUUUAAACCAGAAAAGAUAGAAGCUAACCAAUUACAAAUUUGUCAUUCACCAGAUGACAGAAUUAAGAGAAAAAUAAAAUUGGGAGAGUUGCUUAUACAAAUAGAAGAGUUGCAUGAAAAUUAUGUUGAACCUGGCUCCCUGCCGCAAAUUUUUCCUGAUAAUUCACUAGAUUUAGAAGGGUCAGAAACAGAAGAUAAUAUAGAAGAUCUUGAAGGUUUUGAAGAAGAUUUUGGAGAUUGCACUAUUGGUAAUAUAAAGACAAUCAUGCCACUUAAUGAAGGAUUAAAAAUUCAUCAUCAAAUAAAAAAAGGUGAAUUUGCAGAGCAAUGGUUAAAAGACUUGGAAAAUCGACAAAAUUAG